AUGGUAACCAUUUCCGACAAUGAUAGCAACAUUAACAAGAAUGUUGUAUAUGAAAAUUAUGGAUUCUAUGAUGAUCAAGCUGAAACGAAAACGACGACAACUAAAUUGGAUAAUAAUCAUAAUCGUAAUAAAAAUGAAUCAAAUCAUCAUAAUCAAUUAUCACCGAUUGCCGUUAAAAUUCGUAACGUUUUCCUAAGUUAUGGUAAUCAUCAAGUAUUGAAAGGUGUUAAUAUGAAUGUACCGGUUAAACAGAUUUAUGGCCUUCUUGGACCAAGUGGGUGUGGAAAAACAUCAUUAUUACGUUGUGUGAUUGGCAUUCGACAACCGGAUAGUGGACAAAUUUCUGUUUAUGGUCAACGACCAGGAACACCAGAAAGUGGUAUACCAGGUCCAGGUAUUGGUUAUACACCACAAGAAGUGGCAUUAUUCGCUGAUUUUACUAUAGCCGAAACAUUUGAAUAUUUUGGAAAAUUAUUCCAUAUGACAAUUAAAAAUAUCGAUAAUCGUACGGAACAGUUAAUACAACUUUUGAAUCUGCCAGAAAAAGAUCGUUACAUAAAUAAUCUAAGUGGUGGCCAAAAGCGUCGUGUAUCAUUAGCUGUUGCGUUGAUACAUUCACCCCCGUUAUUAAUAUUGGAUGAACCAACCGUUGGUGUGGAUCCAGUUUUACGACAAAACAUUUGGGAUUAUCUACGGAUGUUGACGGAAAAAAUGAAUCUAACCAUCAUUAUUACAACACAAUAUAUCGAAGAAGCACGAUCAGCUGAUAUUGUAUCAUUCAUGCGUAAUGGACGAUUGAUGGCAGAAAAAAAUCCAACCAUUCUAAUGGAACAAUUACAAUUAUCAACAUUGGAAUCGGUUUUUCUUCAUCUUUGUCAAUCCGAUUCGAUUGAUGAAAAUCAACAACAACAAGUAUUCGAUAUGACAAUUGUUACCAAUAAUAAUGAUGAUGAUGAUAAUUCACAUAAAACCUCGACAAUCAAUCCAUUUCAACAUCAACCAAAAUUUGCAUUCAUCGAUCGUAUACGGGCAUUGAAUUGGAAAAAUAUAACCGGAAUUCGUCGUAAUCUAUCAAUGUUAAUCAUACAAUUCCUGAUGCCUAGUUUUCAAUGUUUAUUGAAUUUCACAUGUCUUGGACCAGAUCCUUAUGAUAUACCAGUGGCUAUUUAUAAUACGGAUCGUCCACCAAUUCUAUCUGGUUUAUUCAUCAAUAAUCUAAAUAAUAAUACAUUUCGUUUGAUUGAAUUCGAUAAUUAUGAUGAAGCAAUACAACAAGUACAAAAUGGAUUUGCAUGGGCAUUGCUAUCAUUUCAAUACAAUUAUACACGUAUAAUGCAAUUGAUUGCAAGUGAUGAUAAUAUCGAUGAUAUACGAUUACCACAAAUUGAUUUACAUUUAGAUACGACAAAUUAUGUUAUAACCAAUACAAUACAGAAAGAAUUAUGGAUAACAUUCAAUCAGACAAUGGCAAUGGCAACAGAAUUAUUUACCGAUACGAAUCAAACAUUGAAUCCUGUACAACAAAAUCCAUUCAAUUAUGAUUAUGUAUAUGGAAUGAAAUCGCCAAAAAUGAGUGAAUUUAUGGCACCAGGUUUAAUAUCGAUGGCAAUAUUUUUUGCUGCAAUGGCAUUAACAGCCAUAACAUUAGUAUUGGAACGUAAAGAUGGCAUCUUCGAACGUACAUUGGUGGCCGGUGUUAAAACAUUUGAAUUUAUCGUAUCACAGAUUAGUACACAAUUAUUAGUGUUGGCUGUGCAAGUGUUAUUAUCUGUGAUUACAAUGUUAUAUAUAAUCGAUGUUGAAAAUCAAGGAUCCGUCAUGAUUAUAUAUUUGAUAACAUUAAUACAAGGAAUGUGUGGAAUGGCCCUUGGACUGGUUGUUUCAGCAUUCUCACAAAAUGAAAGUCAAGCACUAGCCUUAGCAAUGGCAUCAUUUUUGCCGGUAUCAAUAAUAUCCGGUAUAUUCUGGCCAGUCGAAGCUAUGCCUAAAUAUAUGAAACCGAUUAGUUAUUUUGGACCGCAAACAUAUGCAUUGGUAGCGAUGCGUUCCGUCAUGUCAAGAGGUUGGGACCUAACAUAUCCGCUGGUCAUCAUUGGUGUAAUAACACCAAGUAUUUGGUUCAUAAUGUUAAUAAUAUCGGCAUCAAUUGGUUUUCAUUUAAUUAGUUUUAAUUAGAUUUGAUCAUUUAUAUUUUAUAUAUAACCACGCCAACUAAAACAAUAAA